GCUGUCCUCUGUAGCAACCCACAGCCCCCUCCUGCCUGGCCCUUCUGCAGGUGAUGAGGCUCCUGUUUGAAUUUUGCACAGGGUAGGAAGUAGGAAGUAAGUGGAGAUGUAGAGCCUCCCCUUAGUAUCUGUCCCUGGACCAUCCUUGGGUGCCUUUUUUGAGGGGUCCUCCCAGACGGGACACAGUGGUUAGUGACUGUCAUUCAGCUGUCAGUGUGGGAACCUGUGCUGCUGGUUUGGAAUCCCGUGCCCUGCCAGGUGCACAACAAGCUUGACAUUAUCACCAGGUGAUCUGUUACCGCCAUGAUCAUAUGCCAUUUAUCAGAGUUGCCUAAUUGAUGUUUGCAAUUUGUGAAAUACUUGGAGAUCCUUCUGAGAAGUGGUAACAACACUUGGGACCACUUGCUGUGACUCUUGGUCACAGGGCACCUCAAGGUGAUGAAUGAGCUGUGAUCUGAAGACUUGCAGCUGUUACCAGGGAGCUUGCCUUUAUUUUUAAGUCCGCAGUGUCUCAAGCUGGUAGCGAAGGACCGGCGCAGCACGGACGGCGAUCAUCCCCUGGGCACAGCACCAUCGCAGGGGGCUGGCACUGUGGGUACUCCCACAAGGCUUUCGGGAGCCGCUGUCCCUGCAGCGCUGCCGGGUGCAGAGGUGGCUUUAUGGGGCUGGGGUUGCUGGGGACUGUGGUGAUGGUGUGGCUGCCGCUGAGUGCACAGCUAGGCCUGCUGGCAUUUUGCUUCCCGCUGCCUCCAUCGGAGGUAGCCAUUGAGACCAGUGGCGAUGCUCUGCCCACGCGGAAGGAGGCUCAGCAGCAUCCUCGCCCCCGGGCACCCGUGGCCAGCAGGGGCCCCGAGCGGGGAUGGCUGGGUGCGCAGGGCCGGCAUUGGGCGCCGGGGCUCACGUGGUGAGCGGUGUCUGCCGCGGCCCCGCCGAAACGCUCCGGCACGGUGGGGACGGGAGACCCCCGGGAUGCCCCGACCCUGUGGCCGUGGCAGUGGUGAGGGACGGGGGGAUAUCUCUCAGGGGUUUUCUGGCUCUCGUGCUGGGUGGCUUCGGUGCUCCCACUGAUCCUCCACCGUGCAUUUCCACGGCCAAAAUCUGCCUGCGAGUUCAGGCCAGCGUUUUCCCUGCCUCUCCAGUAAUUUCCUGCGGCUGCGCCGCGCUUCAGCCAGUCUCACACAGGGAAGCGGGGGGGCACGGAGGGCGCUUGGAAAAGUACCUUUAAGACGAAGAGGAAGGGGAAGCGAAGCUGCUUAGCGGGCUUUGUUCUAAUAGCAGUAAUCACCUGAAGGGCGACCGUGAGCCCACGCCGCCGGGUCCGCGCAGCCCCGGCCCUCCCCGCCGCGCCGCCCCGGCCCUGCUUCCUUCCCGAUGGCCGCCUGCACUUUGCUCCUGCUUGGCACGAGUGCGCUCGACUGGCUUUAUUGUAUCCUCCAUUACAUAAAUGGGGGAAAGUUUGUUCAGACACUGCCGCUGCCCACAGCGAGCAGGACUUGUGCCGAGAGGAGGAGGGGAACUCUGCAAGGCAGGUGAGGCUGGGUGGUGAAGAGCAGCAUGGACCUGGAUGUGCUGAACAUGUUUGUCAUCGCCGGUGGCACCCUGGCUAUCCCCAUCCUGGCCUUCGUGGCCUCGUUCCUCCUGUGGCCCUCAGCACUUAUCCGCAUCUACUACUGGUACUGGCGCCGAGCCUUGGGCAUGCAGGUUAGAUAUGCGAACUACGAUGACUAUCAGUUUUGUUAUUCCUAUAGAGGAAGACCUGGAUACCGACCGUCCAUCCUGAUGCUACAUGGGUUCUCAGCCCACAAAGACAUGUGGCUGUCCAUAGUCAAGUUCCUGCCAAAGAACCUGCACUUGGUGUGUGUGGAUAUGCCCGGGCACGAGGGCACAACCCGCUCAGACUUGGAUGAUUACUCCAUCAGUGGGCAAGCUAAGAGAAUACACCAGUUCGUGGAGUGCAUCAAGCUGAACAGAAGGCCCUUUCAUCUGGUUGGCACUUCCAUGGGGGGAAAUGUUGCUGGUGUCUAUGCUGCUCAGUACCCAGAAGAUGUUUGCAGCCUGACCCUCAUCUGUCCUGCAGGCCUGCCAAGUACCACCGACAGCAAGUUCAUUAAGCAGCUUCGGGAGAUGCAGGAGUCCAAACGUAUUGACAGGAUCCCUUUAAUCCCCUCAACGCCCGAGGAGAUGGCGGAUAUGCUGAAGCUUUGCUCCUACGUUCGCUUCAAGGUGCCACAGCAGAUCCUCCAGGGCCUCGUUGACGUUCGCAUCCCACACAAUGAAUUUUACCGGAAAUUGUUUUUAGAAAUUGUGGAUGAAAAGUCAAGGCACUCUCUCCAUGAGAACAUGAGCAAGAUCAAAGCGCCGACACAGGUCAUCUGGGGAAAGCAGGACCAGGUCCUGGAUGUUUCUGGCGCCAAUGUUUUAGCGAGCGCUAUCCCGGACUGCCACGUGUACAUCCUGGAGAACUGUGGGCACUCGGUGGUGGUGGAGCGGCCCCGCAAGACCGCCAACCUCAUCCUGGAGUUCCUGGCACUGCUGCACAGCAUAGACAACAACAAGAAGCAGGCGUGAGCAUGGCAGGGAGCCGAGUGCCCAGGCCGGGUCUGUUAAAUUGUAAAGUACUGCAGAUUUGAUAAGUUCUCAGGGAUCUUGUACGAAUCGGAGUCAAUGUGCCAAAGUCCCUGAGGAAGGCAGAAUCACUGAUACCUAAACCUAUAGCACCACUGGCACAGUGAUCUAGGGGUCAUUGAGCAACCUCCAUAGAUACAGAAACGGAAGCAGAGUAUUUCCCUUUUCUACUUCAAGUAGAAAUGAGCCGAAAUCACCCAGCGCUCCUCACACAGCCACCCAUCCUACCCGGGUUACCAGCACGUAGUUGUCCAUGACAUUUACCUAAACUAUAUAUGAAGUGUAGGAAGGAGGGAGCAUCCUGGACUGAGACUUACAGUAUUUCUACUCCUUAGAGUCCGUCGUGUUGCAUGCUGCCGUGCUGUAAGAGAGCCCCCCAGUGCUCCAGGCUUGAGUGCUCUCUGUGUAGCUCCUUAACUCGUAAUUUAUGCAGAAAACAACAGAAAACUUCAUGUGUGGAAGUCCAACGACUGUAUGUGCAAAAAUGUUUACACUGAGUGGGUUUUUCUAAAUCCCUGAAUAGCUCCUGUGUAUAUGUAAUGCCUUAAUGUUGCCCAGGGUGUGGCGUCCAUGCCGGGCCUGCCUUGCCCAGGGAUGGUUCUCCCUGAGGGUGAACACAGCCAGUGGAAACGGGGUGCAGACGGCAGCUUUGCCACCGCUGUGUGAGCCAGAGGGAUGGAAACCGCCCGGGGCGAUUCGGUGCCCGGGCCCGAGUCAGCAAUAAGCCCGUGGGCGAACUCGUCUCAGUUCCUCUAUCACAUCGCGCUGCUGAACACCUUGAUGUAAAUAACGAUUUUCUUUAUGAAUUCUGUGAAUUCUGCAAAAGCCAAUGUCACUGGGACAGGCGUGAGGGGUGGGAGCGGGCUCCGUGCAUGGCUGGUGCAGGACAUGUGGGCUCCUGGGCUCGCUGGGCAGCCGAGGACAGAGUCAGCUGGCCUGUGAGUGCUGGGUGGUGGUGUGGAAAGGUACAGUGUGCUUUUGAUGAUUAUGACUCCUGAUCAAGUGAAAUUAUAGGUAGAAACAGGCGACUCUCCAGGUGCGGUCCCUCACUGCCCACCCCAGUGACAGGGCACUGGUCCCGUCCGUGGGCAGGACCAGUGGGUGCUGGAGGGCAAGGCAGUGCGUGGUGCCCUCAAAGGCAAAGCAGCCGGUGGCUGUCACCCCUCGGUCACCCCCAGCCCCCCUCCGGGGUUGACAGCAGGUGCUGCUCACGCCCCCCCCCGACUGGGUACGCACGCUUGCGGUGCUGACAGCCAUCUGCGCGACGGCUCCCCGAGGUACCCCGAUCUGUACAUGCAUCUGAGACUCCCUGCCAGCUUCUCUGGUCUUUUUAAGAGAAGAAACAUUGUUCUUUUAGAAAAUUAGAAAUCUGCUGUUAAUUGCUUGGUUAUUGUUUCUACUACAGGAGUUGAUUAAAAAAAAAAAUAAAAUUGAUGAUAGUUUUAUGUGGUAAGAGCCAGAAAAACUUGUUGGGUAUCUAUAUGGUUUCUCAUGCCACAGAUUGCUGUAUGCAAAGGAUUUAUAUGGCUAUUAAAAUCUAGUGAUUCAAGGA